UAAAGGGAGCCGCACGGCGGCGGGUAUCCCGAGUCCCGGGUGAGGGCUGAAAGGAGGAGGCGGGCGGGCUGCUCUCGCGCACAAACGGAUGCGACUGUCAGCGGAGGGCGCCGACCUGUGCACGGGCCGUCGCUCCUGCCGUCGCUACCGUUGCCCCUGCCACCCCAGCGCGGAUGGUACCGCGGGCUGGCGCCUACGCACCUCCGGGCUUACGAGCUGUACCAGGACACUCUAGACUGCCUGGAGGAACCUGUUGCUUCCACGUGGAGAGGGCAACCCAGGGACCAGAGGUGGGAUGGACCCUGGCUGAAACCACAUGUUGCACGGAGGUGGAGUUCCAGCCGCGACGGUGGCCGCGGGGCUGGGGCUGGGACUCCAGAUACUCCCUCUUAUGCCGAAUUCGAACCUGACACAAGGCUUUUCCAUUUGGGACCCAACACUUCUAGAGAGUGUCCCCGGAGUUGAGCGAUGGGAAUGUGAGCGCUAAGGGUUCUAGCCUAUUCUUCUAGUCCCGUGAUGGCUGUGGACAUUGAGUGCAGGUACAGCUGCAUGGCCCCCUCCUUGCGCAGAGAGCGGUUCACCUUCCAGAUCUCACCGAAGCCAAGCAAACCUCUGAGGCCUUGUAUUCAGCUGAGCAGCAAGAAUGAAGCCAGUGGGACAGUGGCCCCUACCGUCCAGGAGAAAAAAGUGAAGAAGCGGGUGUCCUUUGCAGACAACCAGGGGCUGGCCUUGACAAUGGUCAAAGUGUUCUCCGAAUUUGAUGACCCGUUAGAUAUUCCACUGAACAUCACUGAGCUCCUGGACAACAUUGUGAGUCUGACGACAGCAGAGAGCGAGAGCUUCGUGCUGGAUUUCGCACAGCCGUCUGCAGAUUACCUGGACUUCAGGAAUCGGCUUCAGACCGACCAUGUCUGCCUGGAGAACUGCGUCCUGAAGGACAGAGCCAUCGAAGGCACAGUGAAAGUGCAGAACCUUGCAUUUGAGAAGAUGGUGAAAGUCAGAAUGACAUUCGACACCUGGAAAAGCUUCACAGACUUUCCCUGCUGGUACGUGAAGGACACGUACGCGGGUUCAGACAGGGACACAUUCUCCUUUGACAUCAGCUUGCCUGAGAAAAUUCAGUCUUAUGAGAGGAUGGAGUUUGCUGUGUGCUAUGAGUGCAAUGGACAGACGUACUGGGACAGCAACAAAGGCAAAAACUAUAGGAUCAUCCGGGCAGAGCUGAAAUCCACCCAGGGAACAGCCCAGCCACAAAAUGGACCAGAUUUUGGAAUAGCCCUUGACCAGUUUGGAAGCCCUCGAUGUUCCUACGGUCUGUUUCCAGAGUGGCCGAGUUAUUUAGGAUACGAGAAGCUUGGGCCCUACUAUUAGCAACGGCAGGGCAUGGAGCAGGGCUGAGUGGGUACAGACAAGCUGAGCUGCAGUCACCCUGUGAUGGAGGUGGAAGCCAAGAGAAGUGGUGAACUGCCUUUAGGCACAGUUUUUGAGAAGAAAGGAUCCUAGUCACUCUUUUCCUUCAAUCAGCCAAGUCAGCCAGGUUUAGAUCACAGAACUGGGUUCAUGCUUGGAAGAGAUGGGCGUGCUGGUCUGUCUGGCACCCAAGUAACAGCAAUGAGGGUCUGAGUAGGAUGGUGCCAGAGGGGUCUGGAUGGGACCCAGGCCUACAGGCAGCACCGGCGAGGCCGGAGCAUGGUGGCUUAAUAACGAGGUCACCUGGAGGAGCCCCUCUUCCCUGGGGUGUGGGAAGUCAGUGCCCUGGGAGCCCUCGGUCCCCAGCACCUCCCACUGGCUCCUGGCCCCUCCUAUUCGGGUCUUCCCUGCCCAGCCAGGGCCUUCCUGCCUGCUGUAGCUGCCCUGUGUCUACACAGGCAUCACACUUCAUCUGUGAAUUUUGUGCCUAUGGUUUUCUUCCACAGUUCAUCUGAUGUUCAGGAAAAGAUAAUAAAGGCAGAUCAACUCAUGUCGGAGACAGGCAUUUCCUCUUUCUGAUUCCACAUAGAUAUCCCAGCAGAGGACAACACACCAGCUAUCGAAAGUAAACUGGUGCUUUGUGGUGUCACCGGUGCCAGGCUGAUGCCAGACAGGACAAUCAUGAGUGGGACAGAUAUAGCUUCUCCUUUUGGCUUUGUGGGGGAGCUUUCUAAGCACUCACUUUUACCCUGAGUCACCGGACAGCUCAAUUACAAGACAUUGUGACUUGCUCAGCUGGGCCGGUUUGCCUGUGUCUCUUUCUUCACAAAAGGAUUGUAGAAUCUCUUUUCCUGGAGAGUCAUCUUUUAUGCCGUGUUCAGAACAUUUGGAUUUUCAGAUUCGAUAUAUCCUCAACACCUUCAGAAAUGUUUGGUUGUAUUUUGACUGUGAUUUAACAACAUCUGCUUUGUAAACAACACUUUACAAGCCCCCACAGACUUUAAUUUGGUUGUUCUUAUUUAUGGUGUGUGGGUGUGUAAAGGGGUAGGGGUCAAAAACCUCACCAAGUUCUCGGAUUUUAUUUUCACUUUGCCAACUCUGAAAUAUCAGAGAUUAAUUGUUCUUAACCAUAUUGGACUCAAGCAUUAAAAGUCUGUUGGUUCAUACUGUUGUGAGACUCCUGGGACUUUCCUUAUCAAAUAGACUCCCAAACUCUGUGAUUUUUUUUCUUGGGCAAGAUUGGUUGGUACUUGGGAGUGUAUAAAAGAUAUUUUUACAUGUGCAUUUUUAGAAGGUUGGGGUUUUUGUUUUGUUUUUGGAGCUUAAGUUAAAUGACUGCCUCAUUUUUCUUGUGCCUGAUCUUACUAAAGUAAGGUUUUCGUAAAGGAGGCAGGGAAAGGAGUGCCCAGCUGCCUGGAUUUGGGGGCAAACCUCCUUGACUCUGAAAGCAAAGAGUCCUUUCACCUGCGUUAUCCAGGUUAGUUGGGAGACACCCUGCAGCUUCUGGGGCUUUUUAACUCAGUGUCAGACAGGUCUGGAGUGUCAUGGCUCCUAGAGUUUUGUGGUUGGGUUUUUUCUUUUUUGAACCUUAAAAUGUUUUGACUUUUUAAAUGCUCUUAAGUGGUGUUCCAUGGAGUUCUUGUCCCUAAAACUGGCUGUAAUGAGUCUGCAAUCUAGUGCUUUAUUUUGUAUGCCUCUCCAGGCACUGGAAGAUUGCAUGAUAAUACAACUUAGGGGCCAAUCACAUUUUUUAUCUUAUGUUGACAUUGGGCAGAACUGGGUUUUAUCUAAGCAUGUCUUACAUCAAGUACACAGACAGUACUCUCCAGGUUCAGAACUAUUAUAUAAUAUAGAUUCACACUGUUUGGAAGCAAAACUGAUUUUAUACAGGUCAUGAAUUUACUUUGUUUUAAGAAGUCCCAUCCCUUCUCCAGUUUAUGAAAGGUAUAAAGUGCACUGCAUUUCUUUGUUACCAGAUUCAAAGUAACAAGAUCAUUCUAUGUUGGUAAGAAAAAUGCCUGAAGUGGACUUCAAUAAUAGUGAUCUUAAGGCAUUCCCAUGUCAAAAUUUGAAAUAUGGUAAUUCAGUGAUAAGUAUCUCUUUUGAAACACCACAAACCCUCCCCUGCCCCUCCUGGCUGCAAGCCCCCAGCCAGUGCACCUGAGCUGCUCCCCCACCAGGCAAGUCUUCACCUGUUCACAAAGACCCUCUGACUAAAGCAUCUGCCUGACCCAAUGCCCUGUCAAAUUCCCUGUUGGCACUGUCAUGCAGUGAGGUCUUGCCAUCUGAAGAACACUCUUCACCAAUCAGUUUUUCUCCUUUGGGGCCAUUUCUGUCCCAGGAUAGCAACAGAUGGCCUCAGGCUCUGCUCCAAUGGGCUCUCUCCUUGUUUCGUAGCUCACCAGCAGCAGAAAAGUCUACACACUUGUGAAAGUGGCAGGCUUCUUAGCUGGAGUUGUUACUGCAGCCUGGCCUGUAGGUUUGACCCUCAGACAGUUCUUGGUUAUGAUGAUGAAUGGCCCCCAGUUCUGGUGUCCUUCCCAACUUGCCCCAGAAGGACCAGCCUUCUCCCACUGCGGCAGCUGUCCAGGAAUGGGGAGGCAGCUCUGUUUUUGCUUUGUAUUUAUUCCCCCAAAUGUCCUGGGGAGCAUUUGCAAAUUAGGUGCAAUAAAUAAGCUAGACUAUCUAAAGAUAGAUUUUUUAAAAAUAAGCUUUCAAUGUUUCUUGGAAGAUGUGAAGCAUUUGGGCAGGUUUGUUUAGUUUGUUAAGUAUGCUUGUUAUAGGAGAGCUGGUGAGAAAUAAGGAAGUUAUGUAGUUCUCCAGAAAUGAAAACAGUUUCAGAGUCAAGGUAGAGUUUGUUUUAUCUCUAAGAUUUAAUUUUAACAGUGGCAGAACAUUACUCUCUCAAUGUUUUUUAAAGAUGUAAAGUCUGAACUGCAAAAAGACUGUUUGUGGGUUUGAUCUCUGCAUAUAAUUUGCUUUUUAAAAACAAGCAUUACUUGUAGUCACUUGGACGUUAAAUGGCAUAUAUGUUUGUAAACCAAAAAAAGGGUCUGUUCACUUUGCAGAAAUCCCAUUUGCUAGGUCUUCCCUCUCAGUGGACAGUGAGUGAAAAUCCCAGUGUCAUGUCAAAUUCCUCAACUGGGCGCAGUUUGCCGGAGUAAGCAUCAGAGUAAGCAUCAGAGCUAUCUGCUCUGGGAAGUCCUGAUGUCCUUGUCUCUACAAAAAUGAUCCCUGAAGUUGAGGAUAAGAAGUCACACAUCUAAAGAGAUCUCCCAGGGUCAUCCCAAGACAAUCUGCCAGUGUAUCUUCACUCCCUGAAGUGGGACACUUCCCGAAGAGCUGUGCUGAUGGGCAGCUUUUCCUUGUUAUGGUUGUAAAGCACUGCAGCCCAGGCUGUAAAGCAGUGGAUGUUUUACAGUCUCGUUUAUCACUUCCUAGAGUCGGCUGACCCUAUGAGGACUCCGAGAAGGCAGCUGUGAUGGUGGUGGGUCACUCUUACUUCACUGUGAAUGUAGAACUGCAGACUCAUCUUCAUUUUUGUGCCUAAAAGUGCCUUGUUGAGAAGUUUCCACAGAUUUUUUAAAAAUGCCUAUUUUUUUGUACACAAAGUUAAAGGGGAAAUGCACUUUACAAUCACAAGAAUGGCUGUCUUUUGUGUGGUAUAAGAAUGGUUUGUUUGGAUAUCUUACUACAAAAAUGUAAUAAAGGCAGAAAACACAAAA